AUGCCCUUUCUUCAAAUUUUGAAACAACCGGUGGAGUCGUGGGAUACGAUCUUGAUUCAUCUGAUGACCAAUAAACUGGACCCAGCCACCCGUCGUGAGUGGGAAGCUGUCUCUUCAGGAACAGUACCUGCAUCGUACAGCAUGCUGGAAAAUUUCGUCACAGACCGCUGUCAAAUGCUAGAAGCUAUACCUUCGAAGAAAAGAUCUUAUGUGGAAACCACUAUUCCUGCGAAAAGGGUUAAAUUGGAAGGACGGACACUGACAGUCACAAAACCAUCGCAAUUAUGCGUAGCUUGCAGAGGGGAACACUUUCUUGGAGGCUGUAAUCGGUAUCGUGCAAAAUCUAUCGACGAAAAGCUGAAGAUGAUCAAGCGUUUCGCACUGUGCUACAAUUGCCUCAAGUCAAACCAUACUGCAGAUAAAUGUCGAAGCGGAGGCUACUUCAAAUGUGAUGGGAAGCAUCAUACAUCCAUCCACCGAGAGAAGAAAGAAAGUUUCAAUUACAAUGACAACCCACCAGAUAAACGUCAUCAAGAGAAAAAACAAAUAACGCAGACUUAUCCAUCGACACAAGCAUCCAUUCUCCCUACUGCUAUAGUAUUGAUUCACAGUCUUGACCGUGCCCCCAUAUUGGAUCGAGUCUUAUUAGACUCAGGCUCACAGUUCAACUUCGCUACGAAAUCGCUGAUGAUCCGUUUAGGAGUACCAACUCAGACGACCAAAGUUAACGUGUAUGGCUUUGGACAAUGCAAACAGCCAGUUCACGAAAGAGGUUGGAUUUCUAUCGAAUCACGCGUGUCCGAUUACCAUAGGACAAUAUCAGUGCUAGUAUCGGACAAUGUAAUCGGGAGCAUUCCCCCGAAGGAUUUGAACACAGAUAACUGGAAUCUUUCAGACGUAAAUUUAGCGGAUCCUGAUUUCCAUUUAAGUAGCCCAGUUAACAUACUACUGGGAGUUUCGAUCGUAUUUGACAUCAUUCGAAGUGGCAACAAAGACAUUGGUGAAGAACUACCUCGUAUUCAAAAUACGGCACUUGGGUGGAUAAUUGGCGGUGGUAGGGCAUACAUAAAGGCAAACACUGAAGUAUCAAUGGUAAUCAGUGAAACCAAGAACAGUUUCGUUCCUAUUGAGUGGACUGAAGUGGAAUCAUUGUGCGAGCAAUUGUUCGUAGAUACCACCACACGCACAGAAGACGGGCGUUUUAUAGUGCGACUGCCAGAAAACCCAACUCUGAUCAACUGGGUGAUUCUAAAACCUUGGCUCUAG